CGACGCGGAAACGCCAUCUAAACGAACGCUAUCCAUUUGAUUUCACGCACAAAAAUAAACUACGACGGAGCUUAAACGCGAGCUGCAAUCGGUAAUCAUAUACUGAAAAUGCCAGGUGCCAAUUGCCUGUCAUGUGGAGAGCUUUUUUAUUCAGUUUCAUUAGACGAAAAAUCGUGCUGUCAGUGAUUUUCGGCUGCUCAUUAACAUACUGUAUUGUCAGUUUCUUAUUGAUUUCACCCAGGCGUACAGACACAUGGCGUGUUCCAAGAAAAUUGGAUCACAGUGCUUUCGUUUGGAUGUCAGCCGAAGUCGAUUUGAACAACUCAUCACUUCAAAGUUGUCGGAAUACUGUUCAAGGCAGAGAAUAUAUAGCAGAUGACAGAGGUUAUAUAUGUCAAAGAGACAAUCUCCUAGCAAACAACUGCUGCGGAACUACUGAAAAACGUUAUGUAUGUGAUACAUGCAACGCGGAUGGCUGUUGUGUACUGUAUGAACAAUGUGUGUCGUGUUGCCUCAACCCAAAUAAGAGAAAAUUAUUACAAACCGUGCUGGGUAAGGCUUCGGAGACAUUCCGUGUGCUGUUUUCGGUGAUCAAUAAUCAUUUUGAACUGUGCUUGGCCAAAUGUCGAACAAGUUCUCAGAGCGUACAACAUGAAAACGCCUACCUAAAACCGAACAAACACUGUUACACGACCGCCGAUAAAGUACCCUAGUUGGGCAACAAGCGGAUUUUUUUAUUGACUACAUUCCUAUGUGCACAUUAUGUAUAUUAAUCGUGCUGGGUGAAGUGCAAUAAUUGCAAACUGUUAUUGAUCCAAAAUAAUCAUGUUAAGUUUGACGUAUCCAUGUAUCAAGCACAUCAUUUUUAUUGUUAAUAACGACUGUCGAUUUUACCAAGACUAAAAUAUUGUUAUAUUGUCAUAUGGUGUUGAAAACAAGUCUGU